UGCAUCAGAUGAUAUCCCGGCGUACGGGCGCAUCGUCCGCACAGAUGUAGCGUCUAAAGGUGACGCCAGCCGGCUUCGUUGCUUGACAAUGGAGUACGAUCGCGUCCAGCCCGGGUCCUUCCUGUACCCCAGCGGUACAGUUCAGGAGGACAAUGUAAGAGUCGAGACCUUCUGCGAAGAAGACUCCGAUUCUGGGAGCUGGUGGUCGUACCCGUCGGAAUGUGGUUCAGUGGUAGACGUCUAUCGUGGAUUAACGAGCAGAGAAGAAUUUGAUUCGCUGAGGAGUUGCAUGGCAUCGCUCGACAACGGAGGCACCCCGCAAAUGACAGCGCUCAAGAUUUCGGAUGGGCAACCACGGCGUUCUCCGGCCGUUGCACCCUUGCCUGAUCGGCCAAGAUCGCGAUGUGCGCGUGUGUACAGUGUUGACUUGGAUUCGCUUGAUGCGUAUAACAGACAUAUUGACAACAUCAAAAUGGAUAACAACAAGAGUACAGGUCAUUAUGCAAGCAACGAAAAAGAGGUGAGACAUCUGACUGAAGCUAGAAACACCGGUCAAAGAUCAGUGUCCGUGCUAGCAGACGAGAAACCGCUGAACGCGCCAUCUAGCGUUCGUCACGUAACAUUCAAAGAGGCUUCCGCGUCCUCUGGUAGCGAGGAGGACGACUACUGCGCCAGAAAUCGAAACUGGAGCUGUCGCCAAGGCAACGCUAAACACAUGUUUCCAUUGGGACCCAGAGACACCGAUCUUGAUGAUUCAGGAUAUCUUGACGGCGAAAGUACUUCGAGUUCGAGCGACGUCUCCCCUCCCGGCAGCCUGGCUUGGGAAUCGUCGAUCGAUAGAAGGGGAUUUGCAGAAGUAUUCCCUGAAGAACCCAGCUACGUGGAUCGUGGUAAUGAAUUCACCACAUCUGACAUUAGCUGUGCUGAGAACGGGCAUACGACUGAUAUGAACGAUUUCACAACAAUAUCGACGGGCUACAUCACGACGGAAUUGACAGUUUCAGAGGUUGUGCGUCGAGAAGACGGAUAUGAGUAUGUCAGGAACGACACACGAAUUGCGAAGCUCAAUAAUAUCCACCAGUCAUCGUGGACCAAGACAUCAUCUUCAACUGCUCCAUAUACGCCGACCGACCAAGAUUACAACGCUACACAACAGCAGACGACGGUACCUAAAACAAACAGAGACGCCAUAUUGCAAGCCGGCCCGACGCGUCAUGUGGCGCCAUCUACGAAUGGGAGAGCGAAGCCAGAGGCGGAAAUUCCACCGCGCGGCCGCCAAUCAGCAGAGCGGGAAAGUGAGGAGAAGCAGAAACGCUGCACGAGCAAUGCGAGCGAAGUGACAAGACCGGAGAAAGUCGAGGAUUAUCGUGGUCGUCGUGGUGUUCCUGGCAACGUUUUUGACGCUGCCGACGAAGGCACGUCGUGCGAUUACGAGGACGACGUCGACGCCGUGGAUUACGCAGCCUUUAAUCGCAACGGGAGGAGAGAUGUGAACAUCGGCACGCCGAGGGAUGCGAGAGUGAGUGCCACUGCUACUUCGAGAGCUGUCGCCCGUAACCGGGAUCGGAACGCAGACGAACCCUGUUCAGUGUCAGCGUUGGCGUCUGCUAGAGUCGAGGGGGAAGACCCGUACCUUGCACUUGCGGUCGCAACGGCCAAAGCAGCAACAACGGCCAGCGUGGAAGCUUCCAACGAAAUCUAUGCGAAGAGGAAGGCGUUCUGCGCGCCUCCCGACCUGGAUGUCAUCAUCCAGACGGCGUGUUCGGUAGCCGGCGACGAGUCUCUGCCGGGUCGGGCACAGUCGCUCCGAGGUCAGAGUGGACCGGGCGUGGUCGUCGUUCCGAAUCCUCCCCCGAGGACUUCUUCGCCAAGACGCGAUGUGCGCCCUGGCUUGCCAACGCCCGUGCGGUACAACGAGUUCUCCGCCCUCAAUCUGAAAAGCCCGGUGGAUAUGAACGGUGAAAGUAUGCUUGCGCGGGAACCUUUGGAAACUCACGCUUUCCAAGUGCAUACUGUGUGGACCUCAUCCGAUGAAGCUCCAUCGCCUGCAUCCUCCGCGCGUUCGACCCCAACAAGGUGCUCGACUUUACGCGAAGACCGCGUUCGCGCUGUGCGCACGCCGGUGAAAGGUACAGCAGUUGUCGUGCAAGACGUAUCCGAUUCGGACGACGUCCAAACAGAAAUUCCAAAGAAGAGCACCGCGCCAUCUCCGCCUUACCGCGCCCAUCAAAAUGGACAUCACGACAAACCCGCAGUGAAUGGACGACACCCCGCAAUAAAUAUUCGGCCCGCAACGCUUCCCGUGAAUGGGAAACCUCCCCUGCCAAACGGUCGUUCUCGUGCCAAGACGGCGUGCCUACCUCUUCCGUCCAGACCAAAAUUCCUGGAUGCAGCCAACUCAUCCGAGGAAUACCUCGAGCGCAUCACCGGAUUCCGGACCGCGAAAAAAGUAGCAGAAAUCCUCCCCAAACCGCAGGUCAUCCUUCCGGCUCCGUCCCCGGGAACGCGUCUCGUAUCUUCCCGGCGUCGCUUUUUUGAAUCCCUCCAGCGUGAAGCCAAAACGACCAGAGACGACGCGGCCGAAAGGUUGGAACAUUUCAAAGCUAGCACCCAAGAAGCGCGGGAAUGUCUCGCCAAGAGCUCGCCGGACAUCGCAGCCCUCGAAGCAGAUGUGCGCAGCCGCCGAGGUACGGAUCGAUACAGGGGUAGGUCCGCAGCCCCGGUGGCGGACGACCAAACUACUGCGUUUGCGCACAAGGCACACAGGCCCGUGGCCAACGAGGACCGCUUCGCGUCCACCGUCGAGAAAGUGCGGCAGCGCUACCCGCGCUACGUCGGCAACGAUGCGGGCCCAGACCUGCGUCGACGUUCGAAGAGCUUGGGCUACCUCGAGACCGACGUCGACACGCUGCAGUGUAGGAAUGUGAACGAGGUGAUCGCAGACGAAGAGAACGCAGACGAAGCCUCCUCGCCGCUAGAGCGCACGCGCAGCAUGGACUUUCUAAUGCAGGAAGAAAACCGAUCCGUCGUCACGCCACCCGAAAACGACCUGGCGUCCGCUCGCGGCAGGGCCAAGUCGGAACACGAACUUCGCGUCGAAAAAUCACUACAAAACCUUCAACUUCCCGAAUGGUACACGAAAUACUGCGCCCAAUCCGGGCAGUCGCCUUCAUCAUCCGUGCGUCCGUCGCGCGCGGAAAGCGUACGAAGUGGCGGUUGGCAAGGGCUCGGCAGCCGCACGCCGUCUUCGACGAGCUUGUCGCUGAACGCGGGACGUAACCUGGUCAUUCCGAAGCGUGUCACCCCGGACUGGCGCACCAUCGGAGCUCACGACACUUCGCGCGAGUCGCUCACGUCGAGCCCAGGUUGGGCUUCACCGCACGACGGGUCCCUGUCGCGAUGGGGCAGUGUCAGCAGUGCUCCGGGCUCGGCCUGGUCGUACCGAUCAUUCCGGCAACCGUAUCUGGGCUGGAGAGCUGCCGCGGCGGCGACGCCCAGCACCGGGACGGCUACUCCUAUGUCGACGAGUCGACCUGUGUCUCCCGGCGGCCCACUGUUGAGCGACGCGGGCGGGAUACCCAGAGAUCGUUAUUCGUACAUUCAGGGCAUCUACGGUGGUGGAAACUGGAACGUGAAUUAUGAUACGUGUCGCACGGACGCAGCAACGAGUGAAGUUCCCAAACACGAGGUGUCGACGGAAAGUGCCAACGUGAAGCCGGUGUGGAUGGAGUCGUCGUUCGUUGGCGCGAGACCGGAGGGUAACGCGACCUCGACAACGUCUUGUACUGUCGAAAAACACGACGAGCCGUCGGACCCGAACAAGGAGGUACGCAAGACCUCAGGACGCGAGUUCUCAUCUCAAGAAGACGUGACACUGGAAGACAUGCUGUCUUCUCUGCUGGCCCUCUCAGACAUAUCUCCAUCGCACUCUAGCAGACUGGAAACACCCUCGAAGACAGCUACACUGAGUCCCAUCUCGCCAGAAAUACGGCACGUCUCGUUUGCUUCACCAGGCCGCUGCAGUCCCGCUGCACAGGGCCCUUCACCCGAUGUACGCGGAGAACGACGUGGCAGCGAAGGGGCCCGUCCUUCCACACCCAUCUCGAUCCUGAAGCAGGACGGCCGCUUCCUUACUUCGCAGGACACCCAGGAUACCCACGGCUCUGUCGGGAACAUCCAUCUGACCGUGCCGCAGCAGACGUGUUCCAGUGGGUCCUCCAACGACCAUUCGCCUGAAAUCGUCAUCCGUCAAGAUACACCGAGGCAUGUGACAACGGAGCCCACAGCAGAACCCUUCACCGACGACGCCAACCUCGCCGCCACGACCACGACCACCGUAGACACGUCCGACCCCGAAUCCGCGUCGCAGACCACGUUUCCCGACCAGCCGGCCAUGGUGAAAUGCCAGUGGAACCUCUGCCAGAGGAUCUUAGCCACCGACACGAGCGGCAAGGUGAAGGUGCACACCUGCCCCACGUGCUACAGCUACUUCUGCAGCCGCGUGUGCCGUACCCACCACCGGGAGUCGCGCCGGUGUCCCUUCACGCGGGUCUCCAACUUAUGCCAAGAAGUCCUGCAGAAGAUCCGCCACGACCCGACUUCUCGACAUCACCUCUCCGUGUGCGCUCAGCGUGGGCUCAUGUCCCGAGGACGCGGUGUCGUCCGCAUGGUCUUCCACGGACCGCAGAAGGCGGCCCAGUUCCUGGAAGGGGGUUGGGACUCCGUCCGGGGCCAAAUGUUCUACAUUCCGCGGACUGACCUUCUUCCCCACGAUAUGGGGGCUCGCGUUUAUGCUCAAGUGCGGUCGCUCUGCGACGACUACGACCCGGACCGGAAGUUUGUCCUCCUAGUAGCCGUUUGUGUGACGCAAGAAGUGAACACGCCCGCGGGUAUUAGCGCUAUCUCGCGCGAGAUGGUUGUGAAAGCGAUGAAGUUGCGCCUGACGAGCCCGCUGCCGGAAGACGACGUGCAGACGCUCAUCCUACCGGUAGUACCACCGCCUGCCGGUACAAACGGGGUGGCGCCCCAGCACAGGCAACGACUACAGGGGCUGAGGCAAGUGGAGAAACAGUUGGAGACGCGCGGGGUUCACCUGGCGAGACAUUAUCCCGAUAUAUACGCGAAAAUACGAGAGUUCGUGGACGGUGGCGAAGCCUUUUCCCCCGUGUCCAUGUUUCCGACGGACAGUCGCACGGGACGAAUUUUCAUGUGCAUAGUUCUUCCGUGGGCCGACCAGGAACUCCAGGACAAGAUGGCGGCCUCGUGGAAUUCUUCGACCAACAAAAACUGCAAAAAGUGGAUCUUCUGAAAUGUCGUGCCAAAUAAUAGAGCCGUUUCUAAAAUUUGUGACCGUUUUCGCUCGUUUUGAACGAAGGUUGACGCACAAGACGUACCAUGACUUUACAUGUGCGCUUCUGAAGGGUCUCCGAAUAUCACUUGUGUUAGCAUACUGUUAAAGGUCAUCUCCACUGAUGUAUUGACUGCUGUAGGCUGUUGUUCAAGUGUUCGGCGAGUUUGUAUGAGCAAAGGUCACUACAAGCGUGACUGCGAUUGGCAUAAAGACAAACGACACGUCCUGUCAGUAGAGGGCAAGCCCUUCUUUCGGUUAGAUGGCCUUGGCCAGGUACAGUACAAGAAAAUCUUGCGCUAAAGCUGUAAGAAUCGACUUGUGCAGUCUGCAAACUCGGUAUAUUUUGUGAGUCAAGUGUGCACACGUCCUUGGUGCCGCUGUGGAGGUUAGAACAAAAUUUCCGCGCAUGCGCUGUAUGGUUUCACAGAGGGAACUUUGAACGCAACGUGUAGCAGCGAAAUAUCGACGGAGCUGACUUUUAACUCCUUCUUGUUUGUAUAUGUGUUUAUGGUUAUCCACGAAAGGAACCUUGACGGUACGGAACACUGUAGAAACCUUUCUGAAAGCGUUCAAAAGUAAAUGAGAUGUAGCUACCAUA